UAAUGUUUCUAUUUCAUUUAUUUUCAAAUAAUAAGACAAUGAGUAUGCAAUUGGCAACUUGUGUCCUUGUAAUGUUGAUGGGCCUGGUAUGUGGUUUUCCAUCUGGUCCUCCGGUUGGAGACUUUCCAAGUUUGUGCGCCAGUAUGACUCCACAGCACGGUAGCAGUAGUCCGACAACCGGCAGCCCUCCAUUCGAGAUAUCAGUUAGCAGCACCAACUUCACAAAAGAUAACGCAAUAACAGUCACUAUUCAAAGCCCAGGCAGCACGACGUUCGAGGGACUGUUUGUACAAGCUCGAGUUUCCGAUGCAGACUUUGCUACGAACAGCGCCAUCGGAACAUUCUCUUCGUUUAGCUCCAACACUGGUGGAUUGACCUGUUCCAGCAAUGCCAAUAGCGCCUGGGGUCACACUAGCAAAGAUAACAGAGCCUCGGCCAGUGCACAGUGGACAUACAGCGCAGGUUGUGAUGACAUUGGGCCUGUAGCAUUUAGAGCAACCGUCGUGGUAGAAUUGACUGAAUACUACGUUGAUAUCCGUUCGGAGAAUUUGCUCUUUGACAGAAGCAAUUGUCAAGACAAUGAUGAUGACGAUCCCGAUAAUGGUGCAGGAACGAUCACUUCGUCUAUGAUUAUGAUCGCAGCGAGCAUUAUCUGCUACAUGGUUCUAAUGAUUUAAAUGAUGGCUCACGAAUGGUUAACAGUCAAUAUCAUGCUACAUCAUUAUUGCACAUUACUACAAGUUCCAACAUUUUGAUAGUCAACAUCUGGUAUAUGAUAUAAUUGAAUAUAUGGUAUACGAUAUAUAAUAUAAAGUACAUGGUAUAUGAUAUAUAAUAUAUGGUAUUAGCCUAUAUAAUAUAAAAUAUAUGAUAGGCCUAUAUGCUAUAUGUUAUAUAAUGUAAUAUAUGGUAUAUAAUAUAUACUGUAAUGGUAUAUGAUAUGUAAAUUUAUAUAAAUGCAUGUUGUUGUUAGCCAUUCUUUGCUUGAACAUUUGGCAAGCAGAGUAGUAUAGUUUACGAUUUGCACACCUAACGUAGUUUAACUGUUUUGCACUGGUCUUCCAGUACGGUACUUAUUAAUAUUACUUUUAUAAUAACUUUAUAUCCAGAUUCUUACGUAGGCCAUGUUUGAGUGAUAAGUAAGAAUGUAUUGGCGAGUCAUGAUUGAGAAUUACAAUUAACAAUUGACACAAUACGGUACCGAAUGAUGUACAUUUUACUGAGUGGUGCCGCUUUAGCCAUACAAAAAAAAA